CCCCUCGGGGCGUGUCCCGCCUGUGGACCCGGGACGGCCCUCUCUCCCCCCCCCCCCCCCGUCUGCGCUGUCGAGGGGAGCGGGCUGGGACAAGCUGCCUGCUGGGUGGCAGCGAAGGGCUGGGCGCCCGCCCUCCUGUGGGCUGCCGGAGCCAGGCACCUGCUCCGGGGGCCCAGUGUGUGUGUAUGGGGGAGACACGACACGACUUUUCUUCGCAUCCUUCCCUCACCGGGGAAGGCGUCCCCCGGCUCCCGGGAGCCGGUGUCUGCAGGCCGCCGCCGGGGCAGGCUGGACGUGUGAGGAGAGCUGCGCGUGGGGGCCGCCAUGGCUGCCCCCGGUCUGGCGGUGAGGAGCAGCUGAUCAUGGUGGAACUAUCAGGAAUUAUUGAUUCAGACUUCUUAGAAAAAUGUGAAAACAAAUGCAAGAUUUUGGGAAUAGAGACAGAGAGGCCCAUUUUACAAGUGGACAGAUAUGUAUUUGCAGGAGAAUAUGAAGAUACCUUGGGAACCUGUGUGGUUUUUGAAGAAAGCACAGAGCACGUAGAUGCAGAAGGCAACCAAAAAGUACAGCUGAAAUACAAGUGCCACACAAUGAAGAAGUUGAACAUGACACGGACACUUUUGACAGAGAAGAAGGAAGGAGAAGAGAAUGUUGGUGGAGUGGAGUGGUUACAGAUCAAGGACAGAGAUUUUUCCUACAGCAGGCCUAAUACGAUUUGCAGCUUUCUGCGUGAAAAAGAAGAUUCUGAAGAGUCAGCUCAGGCCCAGGACAAAUUGACUGAAGAGUCAGAGGGAGAGGUGAGUGGUGGAGGAAAUUCUGACAUGAAUUGUGACCUGGAGAAACAGCAUGGCUUGGAAAUAGAUGCCUCUAUUCCUCUGCCUGACAGCCCUGCUUCUGGGGCAGAGGAUUCUCCUUCUGGAAGUGUUGCCUUAGAUGAUGCCCCUCCAUGAUAUCAGCUCUGAUCUUUUCAGGAUUUCUAUAUGGAGUUAAUGGGCCAACUUUUAAAUGCCAACUUUUAUAGGCCAUGAUGUAAUUUCCAAUUUAUCUGAGCAAUUAAUAGUGGGGAAAAAUGGACAUUAUGUUCUUGUGCAUUGCUUUUAUGUUUGGAUUAUAGUGGGGAGGGCUGCAGUGUUUUUUUUAUAAAUGCUGAUUGGAAAUGUGUGUGUAUCUGCCUCAAAAUUGAAUUAUUUGAAUAAUUUAAAAAACCCUACCUUAGAAAAAUGUUGAUGUAUUGUACAGUCUGGGACAUUUUGUAAAAAGAAAAAAAAAAUCGUUGUUUAAAAUAAAAUUCUGAAUUUUUCAA